AUGGCUGACAAGCAGGAGACUUUCGGCUUUGCCGCUGAUAUCAGUCAGUUGCUUGACUUGAUUAUCAACACAUUCUACAGCAACAAGGAAAUUUUCCUUCGAGAGCUGAUCUCGAACGCUUCGGAUGCCCUCGACAAGGUCCGCUACCAGGCCUUGACGGACUCCAGUGUCCUUGACAGUGAGAAGGAUCUCUAUAUUCGCAUUACUCCUGACAAGGAGAACAAGAUCCUCUCCAUUCGUGACACAGGUAUUGGUAUGACGAAGGCCGACCUCGUCAACAACAUCGGUACCAUCGCCAAGUCAGGCACGAAGGCCUUUAUGGAGGCCCUCAGCUCGGGUGCCGACAUUAGCAUGAUCGGUCAGUUCGGUGUCGGUUUCUACUCUGCCUACCUUGUUGCUGAGCGUGUCCAGAUCAUCACGAAGAACAACGAUGACGAGCAGUACAUCUGGGAGAGCUCUGCUGGUGGCACGUUCACCAUUACUCAGGACACCAGUGGCUACUCGAUUGGCCGUGGUACGGAACUGCGCCUGUUCAUGAAGGAUGACCAGCUCGAAUACUUGGAGGAGAAGCGCAUCAAAGAGAUUGUCAAGAAGCACUCCGAGUUCAUCUCGUACCCCAUUCAACUUGUCGUGACUAAGGAGGUCGAAAAGGAGGUCGACGAGCCCGAGGCCGAAAAGGUUGAGGAGGAUGACAAGAAGCCCAAGAUUGAAGAGGUGGAUGAUGAGUCCGCUGACAAGAAGGAGAAGAAGAAGGUGAAAGAGACUGUAAAGGAAAACGAAGAGCUCAACACGACUAAGCCUAUCUGGACGCGUGAGCCCAAGUCGAUCUCGAAUGAGGAGUAUGCCUCGUUCUACAAGAGCUUGACUAACGACUGGGAGGACCACUUGGCUGUGAAGCAUUUCUCAGUCGAAGGUCAGCUCGAGUUCAAAGCCCUUCUGUACAUUCCCAAGCGUGCUCCCUUCGACAUGUUCGAGUCUAAGAAGAAGCGCAACAACAUCCGCCUCUACGUCCGUCGUGUGUUCAUCACUGACGACUGCGAGGAGCUUAUCCCAGAAUACCUCAACUUUGUGAAGGGCGUUGUUGACUCCGAGGACUUGCCUCUCAACAUUUCGCGUGAGACGCUCCAGCAGAACAAGAUUCUCAAGGUCAUUCGCAAGAACAUUGUGAAGAAGACCCUUGAGAUGAUCUCGGAGCUUGCUGAGGACAAGGAAAACUUCGGCAAGUUCUACGAUGCCUUUGGCAAGAACAUUAAGCUUGGUAUUCACGAGGAUGCCACGAACCGUGCCAAGCUCGCUGAGUUUCUGCGCUUCCACUCGACCAAGAGUGGCGACGAAAUGACGAGCCUUGCCGACUACAUCACACGCAUGCCUGAGAUCCAGAAGAACAUCUACUUCCUGACCGGUGAGAGUCUCACAGCUGUGAAGGACUCUCCGUUCCUGGAAGUGCUCAAGAAGAAGGGCUUUGAGGUUCUUCUCAUGGUGGAUCCGAUUGACGAGUAUGCUGUGACGCAACUGAAGGAGUUCGAGGGCAAGAAGCUUGUUUCGGUCUCGAAGGAAGGCCUGGAGCUCGAGGAGACCGAGGAGGAGAAGAAGCAGCGUGAGGAAGAAGCUACCAAGUUUGAAGGCCUCACCAAGUCGAUCAAAGACAUUCUUGGCGACAAGGUCGAGAAGGUGACCGUUUCUAACCGUAUCGUCGGUUCGCCUUGUGUGCUUGUUACCGGUCAGUUUGGUUGGUCGGCCAACAUGGAGCGUAUCAUGAAGGCGCAAGCCCUUCGUGACACGUCUAUGUCGCAGUACAUGGCUUCGAAGAAGACGAUGGAGAUUAACCCUCAGAACGCCAUCAUUAAGGAGCUUGCUGCGAAGGUGGCGAACGACAAGAACGACCCUACCGUGCGCGACCUGACGAUGCUCUUGUACGAGAGCGCUCUCCUUACGUCGGGCUUCACGCUCGAGCAGCCUCAAGACUUCGCCAACCGUCUCUUCAAGCUCAUUAGCCUCGGUCUUUCGAUUGAUGAUGUGGAUGCCCCCGCAGAGGCGUCCGAGGAGACCAAGGCGGAUGAGCCUGCCGGCGAGUCGGCUAUGGAGUCGAUUGACUAA